AUGGAGGCGACCCAAGAGUCGACUCAGCCAUGCACGGACCCGCGUCGUAUGGGGUACAACAACUCCGGGCUAGUGGAGGAGGACGUGUCGGACAUUAUCUGUAUCCUGCACCCGAAUUCCCCUGCGGCGCAUGAUGCGGUGUCCAAGACGGCUCUUUUCGCCCCGCAACAUAUCCUGCAGAGGGACGAGCUGGAGUAUGAGCGCAACGACACCCCGGCUUUGGACCUUGCUCUGAGGCUUUCGUCCCCGGUCAAGAAUCUUAGCGCGGGGUUCUGCUUCGGGCGCAAUCGGGAACGCUGCGACUUACUGCUCGCUUCUGAUCCGAAGUUGACGCGGGUCUCCAACGUACACUUUCGCAUCUAUCUCACUGAGGAUGGCAUCCUCAUGCUCGAAGACCUCUCCACUAACGGCACCAUUGUAGACAACUGUCGUCUCCGCAGAGUUCAGAGAGAAAACAGUCGCAUGCUUACUGGUGGCUCUGUUAUACAAGUGCUGAGCGGCGACCAGGUUUCAGUGGAGGUCAGGUUUGUGGUUCGCUUUCCCUCGCGGGACGGACAUGUCAUGCAGUAUACCGAGAAUAUGCUGCGGUACUUUGAGCGCAUCCAGAAGUGUCAGACCGGUACUGUGCAGCCAAGGACGCGUCAGGCAUCGGUGCAGCCGGUCCUGCAGUGGAAUUCAUACGGCAUGCACUGGACGGGGGGAUCGAUGUACAAUGUGACGGGCCAGGUAGGAAAGGGUGCCUUUGCCACGGUCUACAAACUCGCCACCAAGCAGCACGGUAUGGUCUAUGCGGCGAAAGAGCUGGACAAGCGGAAGUUCAUGAAGAAUGGCAUUUUGGAUCAGAAGGUGGAUAACGAGAUGAAGAUCAUGCGAGAUCUCAGACACCCUAACAUCGUCCAAUACGUCGACCAUCACGAACACGACCGGUGGAUCUACAUCAUUAUGGAGUAUGUCCCCGCUGGGGAGCUGUCCACUUACCUAGGGUCCCAUGGCAAAAUCCCCGAGGACAUGGUGCGCACCAUCGCACGGCAGAUCCUCCAUGCGCUCCAGUAUCUUCACCGACGCAAGAUCACCCAUCGAGACAUCAAGCCGGACAACAUCUUGAUUGCGUCCUUGGAUCCCCUUCGAGUCAAGUUGUCGGAUUUUGGUCUGUCCAAGGUAGUCCAGGAGGAGACGUUCCUGAAGACCUUCUGUGGAACGUUGUUGUACUGCGCCCCGGAAGUAUACCCCGAAUACGAGACGUAUCGCCGGGGUGAGGCGAGAAAGAGGCGCCGAUUGGGUGACCCGCCCCCGAGAACUUCGCCGUACGACCAAUCCGUGGAUAUGUGGUCGUUCGGUGCCGUGCUCUACCACAUCCUCGCGGGGGUGCCCCCGUACAUAGGACGCGGGGAUGACAGAGGCGCCCAGAUGUUGCGAAACAUCAUGACGUCGGACGCAGACUUUAAUAUUCUCCAUCACGCCGGUGUAUCGGAUGCGGGCAUUGAUUUUGUCGCUCGACUUCUGAACCGAGAUCCUCAUGCACGCCCGAAGGAGAGGGAAUGCUUCCGCCACCCGUGGAUUGUCGACGUACCGGACGUGGACGAGUACGAGGACGACGGGGUAUCCAGUGGUCCGGAUGGUCUCUCAGACAUCGGAGAAGACAUCGAGGACGAAGAACUGGAUGCGUCGCAGCUCUCAAUCGAAGAUAAGCUCGACGCACAGGAUGCCGAGGAUGGAGAUGGGCUAGCCCAGUCCAAACGACCUCGGAUUGACUACCCACCCGUCGAGAUCCGCUAUCCUUCUCUCCCCAACUUUGAGAGCGUACGGGAGGGUCAGCCGCCGUCAGACUCUACCCCCAAACGCCUCUUUGGCGAGAUCAACCCGGCUGCGCUACCCAGCUCGCACGCCCUGGGGGCCAACCUAGAUGCUUAUGAAGAUGACAACUUCAGCAUCCAUGACUUUGUUUCCUCAACCGGUGAGUCGAUGAUCAGCGACGGCUUCAGCCUCAACUCCAUCAUGUCCCUUCCGGAGAACCCCGUGGCGGGAUCCGCACCGAGUUUGAUGGGCGCUGAGAACAUGGUUGGACAGCUGAACAUGAACUCCACGUGGCACCCUGGAAUCUCAACCGCACUCCUCCCCGUCGUUCCAAACCCGAGACAGCGAACUAGUGCGGGCGCUGAGUCGAGCGGCCGUGGUCCGGGGCUGGAUAGCCCGCCGGACACCGAGAACGAGACCCCCAAGGCCAGCGCGUUCCGCCGACGCAUCGAGCUGCCCCUUCCCGACACCGGGAGCGAACGGUCGAGUCCGGGCCCCGGCACGACGCCGACGGCCCCCCGUGACGUACCCAAGUCAAUCCCAGGCGAGGCAUUCGACGUCGAGCUCGCCAACACGAUCGACGCGAAGACCGGCCAGCAGCUCCCAAACGAGUCCGACAGGGCAGGCUCCACAACCCCUCCGGAUCCCGCCCCAGGCCACGUCCCCUUCGGAACGCCGAACAUCUACCUCCACCCCAGCCAACCCCGGCCCCUCCUGGGUAAGCUGACGACGCUACCAGGGUCGAUCUUCCCCCUAACCAUCCAGCUCGAAGACCGCAUGACGUCGUGGGGCCGGGGUCCACAAGCCACCGUCUGCUACCCGGACCCGAUGGACACGCGCAUCCCGGCCUACGCACUAGAAGUAACGUUCUGGACGCCGGCGAUCGAAGCGCAGAUCGCCUCGGGACGGGACUGGAUGACCGUGCCGGGGGUAAUGGCCAUCCUAUCGACCAAGACCCGCAAGUGCAUCUGGGUGAACGACACGGAGCUCCGGCGGGGACCGGAGGGGGCGAACGGGCGGGAAGGGUUCCACUACGGCAAGCUCUACUCGGGGGAUGUCAUCACGAUCUACAAGCACCGGAGCAAGUUCCUGAAGCUGCAGUGCGAGUUUUACCACGGGGAGAGUGCGCGUGCGCGGCCCGAGUCCGAGAAGGGGUUCGUUGUGCGCAAGGCGUUGAUGGCUAAGGAGACGUCGGCGAAUCAGUUGCCUGCGCGGAAGGAUCGGGGUACGAAGAAAUGAAAUUUUUUUUUUUAUCUCUCUUUAUUUUUUUUUUCUUUAUUCCAUUUUACUUGAUUCAUUUCCCCCACAUGUAUUUUGACUGGAGUUGUUGGAUUGAUCUGGUGAAGUCAAGUCUACGCAUGCUCUCCUCUACCACUGCCGUCUUUAGACGAAAAACAACAAAAUAAACCAAGAACCAAAGACAAAAAAGAAGAAAGAAAACAAGUGAGUAAUUGGGAAAGGCAUAGUUGAGACAGAAGACGGAUUGGGAUAUGCAG